GGGCCCUCCCCCAGUCCCGUGGGAGGAUUUUGGGCCCACAGCUCAGGUGCGGAGCAGCGUGGCCUCCUCCGGCUUAUGGACCACGGUCGUGCGUGUGAGGAGAGGCCAGCCGAGGAUGGGAGCGACGAGGAGGACCCCGACUCCACGGAAGCCCCGGUCCGCAUCCGAGAAACUCCGGAAGACAUCGUGCUGGAAGCACCGGCCAGCGGGCUGGCGUUCCAUCCGGCCCGCGACCUCCUGGCGGCGGGGGACGUGGACGGGGACGUGUUCGUCUUUUCCUACUCUUGCCAAGAGGGAGAAACGAAGGAGCUCUGGUCCUCAGGUCACCACCUCAAAUCGUGCCGAGCCGUAGUCUUUUCUGAAGAUGGACAGAAACUUGUUACUGUCUCCAAGGACAAAGCCAUCCAUGUACUAGAUGUGGAGCAGGGCCGACUGGAAAGACGCAUUUCCAAGGCUCACGGUGCCCCCAUCAACAGUCUGCUGCUGGUAGAUGAGAAUGUCCUGGUCACUGGGGAUGACACAGGUGGUGUCCGGCUCUGGGACCAGCGGAAGGAGGGCCCCUUAAUGGAUAUGCGGCAGCAUGAGGAAUAUAUUGCUGACAUGGCUCUGGACCCAUCCAAGAAGCUGCUGCUUACAGCCAGUGGGGAUGGCUGCCUUGGUGUCUUCAACAUCAGGCGACGCCGGUUUGAACUGCUCUCAGAGCCUCAGUCUGGAGACCUGACCUCUGUCACUCUCAUGAAAUAUGGGAAGAAGGUGGCCUGUGGCUCCAGUGAAGGUACCAUCUACCUCUUCAACUGGAAUGGCUUUGGGGCCACAAGUGAUCGGUUUGCCCUAAGAGCUGAGUCUAUUGACUGCAUGGUUCCAGUUACAGAGAGCCUGCUGUGUACUGGUUCCACUGAUGGAGUCAUCAGGGCUGUCAAUAUCUUGCCGAACCGAGUGGUGGGCAGUGUGGGCCAGCAUGCUGGGGAGCCUGUGGAGAAGCUGGCCCUCUCCCACUGCACCCACUUCCUGGCCAGCAGUGGCCAUGACCAGCGCCUCAAGUUCUGGAACAUGUCCCAGCUGCGGGCUGUGGUAGUAGAUGACUACCGCCGGCGCAAGAAGAAGGGAGGGCCACUGCAAGCCCUAAGCAGCAAGGCUUGGAGCACUGAGGACUUCUUUGCAGGACUGAGGGAAGAGGGAGAGGAAUCCACAGCUAAGAAGGAAGAGGAGGAGAGUGAGGAUGACAGUGAUUGAGGAAAGAAGCUGACUCUCAAAAUAGGACCUCACUGGGCAAGUCUUACAUCCUGGGCUGGAUACCUAGAGAGGCUCUGAAUUUAAAAUACUCUGCAGUGCACAAAGAUGCAUAGCCAGAGGCUCAAGACUGAGGGCAGUGAUGUGAGGAAGUACUUGCCCUGUGGCAGCUACUCCCUCUACCAGUGUAAGAGAAGCCCACAGCUGGGGCAAGAUAGCACGGACACAGGCGUACACCAACCAGGGGUUUAAUAUAAAUACAAACGGCAGAGAAAAACCCCAAAAUCACACAUACACUGUAACCAGACUGUUAAGUAGUGAAGACAAAAGGCAGAAUUCUGACCCUCUGGCUCAGCCAGCCUCCAAAUAAAAUUAAAGAUUGACAAAUCAGGAAAACGAGAUUGAUGCUAAGCUAU